AUGGCAAAGCAAAGAGGAAGAAAGCUGCUACAGAAGCAGAAUAAAGACGAUUUCAAACACUCAUUGGAUCAGGAAAGACAUGAGGAAGAAGUUAUUCAAGUCCCAGUUGACAAAGCGCCGGCCCCAAUCUCUGCGGAUGGACCUAAUACGUUCUUUGGAACUCUUGACACUCAGGAGCUAGAGUAUUUUAAGCGUGCCGAGUCAACAAUGGCCGUUGAUACCUUUGAGAGUGCGGACGAAAAGUACCAGUUUAUCAACAGUGUCAUCGAAGAGAGCAAGGGCAAGGAACUGAAGCUCGCCACGUCGCAAAUCUGUUCGAAACUCAUGGAGAGAAUAAUUUUGGCGGCAGACGACCAACAGCUGAAGGCCAUAUUCCAGGGAAUCAAUGGCUUUUUUGUCAAUUUGUCGUACAAUAAGUACGCCUCCCAUGUAGUGGAGACAUUGCUUGUGAGGAGUGCUGCGCUGAUCGAAAAGGAGCUUCUGACGCCUGUGUUUGAGGCGGAACUUGACGGCGAUGAGCAAGUGUAUGCAUCUAUGGAAAACAUGUUUUUAUUUAUGCUGAACGAAUUGAAACCCCAUAUGAAAAUGAUGAUUAACCAUCAGUAUGCAUCGCAUGUGUUUCGGUUGUUGAUCCUGGUCUUAUCCGCCAAGAAGCUUCCAAAGAGUACGCAAAGUAAUUCUGCGCUGCGGUCAAAAAAAUCGAAGAUUGCACGUAAGAUGGUUGAUCUGAAGGAUAACGCUGAUUUCGACAGAACAUACAGGACCCCAGACUCAUUUAAGCUCGAACUAAAGGGAAUAUUGGUUAUGCUAUACAAGCAGUUUACAAAUGGAAUUGAGCCGGGCACCAAACACUCCGAAGUGAACAUCGCCUGCGUGACGAAGUUUAGAGAAUACUGCGUGGACAAGGUUGCCUCACCGGUCAUCCAACUUAUUAUCCAAGUGGAAGGUAUCUUCGACAGAGAUCGGUCAUUCUGGAACCUGGUGUUUUCCAACACAGAACAAAAUGAUCCAAAAGAAGAAUCGUUCAUGGAGUACCUUCUUUCCGACUCUGUCGGAUCUCACUUCUUGCAAGCAGUUAUCGGCUUCGCUAGAACAAAGCAAGUGGAAAGGCUGUACAAGCUAUACAUGCAGGACCGUAUUGUGAAGCUCGCUAAAAGAGAUACAACAGGUGCAUUUGUCAUUAUGUCAUUGCUACAAAACUUGGGUUCAAAGGAGGUCAAGAGCAUACUAGAUGAUUUGGUGCCGGAGCUUUCGAUCUUGUUAAACUCCAACCUGGAUUUUGGUUCUGAGAUAAUUGAAGCCUCUAUACGCCAAGGGGAUUACAAGAAAACCGAAAUUGUGGAGCAAUUGGGCAAGAAAUACUAUCCGGCAGAUUCAGAGUCAAAGAACAUAUUAGAGAGUUGUCUGCAGCUUGCUUCAUCUACCCUCGGUAACACUAAGGAUGACUGGCCUACUGCAGAUGAGAGAAGGAGAGCCUUAUUUCUGGAAAAGCUAAUCAAUUUUGAUGACUACUUCUUGGAAAUCGCCGUGGAGUCUUUGUUGAACCUCCCAGAGGAACGCAUUAUGCAGAUGUGCUACCAUGGUGUAUUUUCUCACGUCGUGGAACAUGUUUUACAAGCUAAAAGAGUUGAGACGGUGAAGCGUAAGCUAUUAUUGAACAUAUUAUACAAAGAUGCCGUGAAUCUUGCUUGCAAUGCCUACGGCUCUCAUAUUAUGGAUAAACUCUGGGAAUUCACAGCCAAACUGACUCUAUACAAGGAACGUAUUGCCAAUCUACUUCUGGAGGAAGCAGAUAAGGUCAAGAAUAGUAUAUAUGGCAGACAAGUAUGGAAGAACUGGCAUCUUGAACUAUAUGUGAGAAAGCGGUUUGACUGGCGGAAGAAGGUCAAGGAGCAGGAAUUGGAAGUAUUCCCAGACUCCAAGCCCCUACAACCAAAGCAAAAGGAAUCAAUCCCUGCUAAGCGCUCGGCACCUUCCAACAACCAGAGACCUGGCAGCCUAAACAAGAAAAGAAAUGCUGAAAAGCAUCAUACGUAG